CCAGAAACGAAUAUUAGUUGAGCGAGAACAAUUUAAAUCAUCAGUCGCGAGCUUUCUGCGCUACCGAACAGUACUUUGAACUUUACAGUAGUUAAUCUUCUUUUUGUUUUUAUUUUCGCCGGUUAAUUUCAUCCUAUAUAAAAAUGAACGCAGUAAUUAUAAUAAGUACAGUAAUAGUUUCGAUUGCGGGUCAGAGGCCAUUUUACGCAGGAACUAGCGUUAAGGGCUAUCCAGAACUGGCGAGCCGAUUCCAAGAAACCAACGACAAUCAAAACAUUACAAUCAACGACAGGCUAGGGGCAGGAGACGAACAAACAUCACAGAACGUUCCCACCGAAUCGAACAAUAAAUUUUACGAACGGGUGAGCGAGUGGCCAAGAGAAAACCAGCCGUUCUGGCUAAUCAACGCUGGACACAUCGAAAAACACUUAAGACCUAACGUUAAUGGACAAAGGCCUAAUAGUAGCCAAGCCACUAACAGCGGCGAUCAAAGGAACGAAUUGCAGUCUCGAUUUGGAGAGCCUGUCGCUACUGAAACCAGAACGAUUAAACCACUGAGUCAAAGGGGAUCCUUUGCUGGAUCUGGAACUAGAACUUAAUUUCAUAUAGAUAUAUCCAGACUGUCUAUACUUAUACAGUGUCCGGCAACACUGCGUCGGGCAUCUGUAGCUCCUGGAAGAAAAAACUUAAACAUUUUCUUUAAGUGCAAAUGGGAGGAUGUAUUUAAGGAAAAUAUUUUAUCUUCUAUAGGGUGGCUCAAGAAAGCGUGAGUGGAUCGGGAUGGUUUUUUUUAAAUACAAAAUCCUGCAUAUUAUUGCAUUUUUGGCUUUCUUUCAG